UAGAUUCCCAGAGUUCCAUUUGGGUCAACACGGGGGGAAACAAGAUGGCAGCCUUGACAACCGGCUUUGGACGCGCGAGGCAAGGGGGAGCCGGGGACCCGAGGGAGUAUAAGGCGGAGACGGCUGCAGGAGGCGACAAGUUGGGCGGCGGCGGCGGAGGAGGAGACAGAGGAUGCAGCUUUCUCAGGAAGGUUUCCGUGCCUGGAAGCGGCGGCGGCGGCGGCGGCGGCGCUCGGUUGCGUUCCAUCGCUGGGACGCGGCCAUCGGUACAGAAUGGGCAGCUGCUGGUGUCCGCCGGCCUCCCGGCCCUGGACCAGCUUUUAGGUGGUGGUUUAGCUGUUGGAACACUGCUUCUAAUUGAAGAAGAUAAAUACAAUAUUUACUCCAGUUUGAUCUUCAAGUAUUUCUUGGCCGAGGGAAUAGUUUGUGGACAUACUUUGUUGGUCGCCUCUGCUAAAGAAGACCCUGGUGACAUUUUACAGGAACUUCCUGAGCCAUUACAUGAUGACAACUAUAAAAAAGUGCUUGAUGAAGGACGUAGUCAUAAAUCACAAGAAGAGCCAGAGAUUUCCAUGAAGAUAGCCUGGCGUUACCAAAACUUGCCCCAAAUGGAGGCUGGUCCAGGAACAUCGUCAAGAUUUGGACAUUAUUAUGAUGUGUCAAAAAGGAUGUCCCAAGAGGUAAUUCAGUCUGCAAAAUGGCACAAAUUUUUCCUUCCAGAAGAAAUUACUUCAUAUGCUAAUGUAGAAUCCUGUGCUCUGAACCAUGGCUACACGAAGCUUCUUCACUUCAUCCAGAGAGUCAUAUCUGAGCAAGGAUUCGAUGGCUCCAAUCCCCAGAAAAAACAAAAAAACAUUUUAAGAAUUGGAAUUCAGAGUCUUGGCUCACCUUUGUGGGGAGAUGACAUCUGCUGUGCUGACACCCCUGAACAUAUGCAUAGUCUUACAAGAUUUCUAUAUGUUCUCCGUGGUCUUCUCAGAAUGUCUCUGUCAGCAUGUAUCAUCACAGUGCCAUCACAUCUAAUUCAGAAUAAAGCAGUUACUUCCCGAAUUAGAAACUUAUCAGAUACAGUAGUUGGUCUUGAAUCAUUUAUCGGUUCUGAGAAAGAAGCCAAUUCUCUAUAUAAGGAUUACCAUGGUUUGAUUCACAUUCACCAGAUCCCCCGGCUCAAUAGCCUGAUUUGCGAUGUGUCCGACACCAAGGACCUUGCUUUCAAACUCCAAAGGAAGGUCUUCACCAUUGAGCGACUGCAUUUGCCUCCAGACUUGUCAGACACUGUGAGCCGCUCAAGCAAACGGGAUCUGGUGGAAUCCGCCAAACAGCUGAGCCCGGGAUGUGGCAUGAUGGCCGGAGGCAAAGAGCACCUGGACUUCUAGGGAUCGCUACUUAGUGGCCUCUCUGGGCCUCCUGGGACACCCUCUGGUUGGUUACCAAGGGCUUAUGUAAACAUUUUUCAUAAAGGUUUGACCCAACAGUCCUUAAAUACUCAUAAAGAACUGUUAAGUGGCGCCUGCCCUCUUCCUUGUGUAUGCUUUUUAAUCAUGUUUUUCCCCUAGUAAACUGUACCCAAAAUAUUGCUCCAUUUAACAGUUAUGAUUUAGAGAAUGAAAAAUGCCUUUCUUCUUUUUCCCAAGAGGUAUGGGAUUACUGAGGGGAAUGGAAUCUACAUUGUCAGGUGCAGCCACUGUUUGGUAUGGUUUGGCUUGUUUUUCUUUUUUUUACAAACUAAAUAACUAUGAUAUAAAAACAGAGAGCAUCAAUAAGGUGUAUUUUUAUAUUUAAAAAGUUAUAUGUGAUGUUCUCUGUUGGAAAAAUGCCAUUUUACUUUAUAAAUAAAAACAAAUUCAGCAUCAAAAAAGGUCAUGGCAUUCUACAGUGGAUAGUGGUACCCUUUGAUGGUUUUUUUGUCUGUGAAAAAACAUGGUAACAGAGGUAGUAUGGAGAAACCUUGUGAGAUUCAAAAAAGAUGUUCCUAAUAACUGUUUCGUAAUUACUCUUUAUUUCUGAAAAUGCCAUUCUCUCCUGAAAACAUUAUAGUUUGGGCAGAACAUGACAUGACAAAUUAGUCUUGCAAAUGUAUCAGAACUAGACUCUGUUUGGAGUGUCCUAGCAUGUCAUAGGCAUUCUGUUAUGUAAAUUAUUAAACUGAUAAAGAAGCAUAAUUUGAGGGUAAGACUGUUGAAGACAAUGCCUCUGCUCUGUUGGUUAAUAAACGUAUUAAAACAAACUUCAGUGAUCCAGACUUGUGCAUGUAGAAAAGGAAUUGAUGGCCUUGUGCAGUUCACAGCAGUAAUCCUCCACAUUUGAAGUCAGCAUUGUACAAUCCUGUCACCCAACAGAGGUCAAGACCGAAAUCCAAACUGACAGCUAUAUUAAUGCCAGGAUACCCAAAAAAGGGCACUGCAGCUGGGUGGGAAAGUAGCACAGAACCCAGAUUGGAAGCCAAAUGGUGGAGGAUUCAAAAACAAAAACAACGAACUCAUCUUCCCCGUGCAUCAGCUCUACCCUUCGCCAGUUAAUUCAGGAAGGGCAGUCAUUCAGCCACUAUUCAUUCAGAUCCUCCUCUGGGCAGGCCUCGUAAGAACGUGGCUCCAUUUUCCGUGCACGGGGCAAGCGGCACACAUUCCGCUCAGACUCUCCAUCUUGAAGUCACGCUUCCACGUUCUUUUGCUCAAGGUGACUCCCACACAGAACAGGGACCCACGAAGGCAACUGAGAAAGCACCAUUUGUGUCUUUCAUCAACAACUCUCCUUCCGAAUGGGUUGUUCAAGACCAAGAGAGAAAACUGGAUUUCCAAAAUAUAUUUUCAUAUAUGUGAUUCUAUUUUGAUGUGAUUAUAACUAACAUAUUCAAGUGGCCUACUUUUAAUAUGCUACAAAUUUCACUUUAUUUGUUCUUGACAACGUUGUAUAAAACAAAGACUUAGCUUUUAAAACUGUCUAACUAAUAUGAUGAAUGUCAAUCACUUAAAAAAAUCCACUGUAGCAUAAACACAUACUGUAUACAGCUUUUAUUCAGAAUUAGAAUAAUUGAAUCAAUGACAGUGAUUUGCUAGGAUGUCAAAUCUCUCCAUCAUAUCCUGUCACUACCAGUUUAUUUUUUGUGAUAAAAAUCAAAAAGACUACUAUUUUUUUUCAGCUGCUAUUUCAUUAGUAGUAACAAUCAGGGUUGGUUUUUUUUUAAUGUCUCAGGGUUUUUUUUCCCCAUUUCUUUUAAUUCCCAAAGACACAAAUUCUUAUCAAUUUUCCUUUCAAAACAAAGUUUCAGACCUUAUCUGUCAGUUAAAAUUUAAAGGCUUUGAUAUUUUUAAGCAAAGGUGUUUUUAAAAAUCUCAACAGACUUCAAGAACUGAUUUGGUCUAUGCUUUAUAAAUAACUAAAAAAAAUACUGAACAAAAGCUUUGCUGUGUCCUUUGAAAGUAAUUAUGAACAAUUUGAACGCAUUCAAAUGAAUAUUUGUAGUCAGGUUAUUAUUUUAACAAAACUAAUCUUUUUUUUCCUGUAUUGUAAUUCACUUGAUACAAACACAACUGAACAAUUAUGUUGGAUUUGACUCUGAAAAGACGAAGUGAAGUCAUCAAAUAUGUAAAUUGCUUGUCAAAAUGCUUAAUAGGUCAUUGAUUUACUUGCCUGGCUACCAUGUCUAUAAAAUUAACAGCCAAUUACUAGUUAAUAUAUGCUUUGCAAGUAGAUAAGUACUAUAGGAACUGAAUGUGCAUAUUUAAACCUUUGAUUUAAAUAUAAAAAACUUUGCAAACUCAAUAAAAGUGCAUUUGUAGCAAUAAAAAUAUGUAGGUCUUAUGAAAA